GAUUUAUUUAUGUUUCAAUUGCAAUUAUUUUUAUGUUGUUUUAUCGAUUUUCAAUAUGAAUAUUUAUUAGUUUAGUAAUGAUACUUUGGGUUAUCACAUCACUUGUUGAAUAUUAUUCAUAAGUGCGCAAGUUUGCUGUUUGCGUCAAUUUUUGAAAAAUUUCGUUCGAAAACUCUGUCUUUUUUGAAGAGGAAAAAUUAGCUUUCAGGAGAAAGGAACAAAAUGACCAACAUAAAAAUUACGGCAGUAGGCGACGGAGUCGUCGGCAAAACUUGCCUACUCACCACCUACGUCACAGGAGAAUUCCCGGAGGAAUACGUUCCAACAGUAUUCGAGCAUUACGGUGAUAAAAUUACAGUGGACGGUAUCGAGUACGAUAUGACCUUAUGGGACACAGCUGGACAAGAAGAUUACGAGAGACUGAGACCUUUAUCGUAUCCUGGUACAAAUUGUUUCUUAGCCUGCUUCUGCGUGGACAAAAACAUAGCAUCGUACGAUAACAUUCACAUGAAAUGGGUGCCCGAAAUACGACAUUUUUGUCCUGACACGCCAAUAGUUUUAGUUGCAACGAAAUCCGAUUUAAGAGAAAAUCCCAGUAUUAAAUGUUACUCCCAAGACGAAGGCCGCAAACUUAAACGCAAAAUUAAGGCUCAAAGUUACAAAGAAUGUUCGGCUUUGAGAAAUGAAGGCUUGAAAGAAGUAAUUAUAGAGGCUAUACAGGUGGUGCAAAAGUAUAAAGUCAAAAAAAGGAACACUCAGUGUCAAUUAUUGUGAAAAAAUUAUUAAUGAUAUUAAACUCGUGAUAUACCUAAAUAUUUACUAUGAUAUUUUUUGCUUUAGUGAAAGUAAAAUCAACCUUUUGGCCUUUCGUUUGGUGCAAUAAAGAUUCAAGGGCCAAAGAUUUCUUUCAAUAAAGCUAAAUUCCUUUUAGUGUUGUAUUAUUUUUGACUGCAAUUUAGUUUUUUAAAGAAAGUAAAAUUUCCUUUCUGCAUUUUAGAUUUGUUCCUGCAAAAUGAUAAACAUAUAGCAGAAAGAUUAAAUUAAUUAUGAUCAUUUUUAAUAUGUUGCAGGAACAGACCUACACUUAAGUAAAUGAUGUGUAUUAUUUUGUUUUAAAUAUUUUGUCUAUAUAAAUCAAGUCCAC